AUGUGGGAAGGGAUACAUUUCGUCUUCUCAACUGAAGGCACAUCACGAGUUCACACGGGGGAGAGGCCAUUCACCUGCUCAUACUGUGGGAAGGGUUUCACUCGGUCAUCUCAACUGAAGGUACAUCAGCGAGUUCACACUGGAGAGAGGCCAUUCACCUGCUCGGACUGUGGGAAGGGAUUCACUCGGUCAUCUCAACUGAAGGUACAUCAGCGAGUUCACACUGGGGAGAGGCCUUUCACCUGCUCAGUCUGUGGGAAGGGAUUCAGGCAGUUAGCUAGCCUACAAGCCCACCAUUUAGAUCACACUGGGGAGAGGCCGUUCAUUUGCUCGGCCUGUGGAAAGGGAUUCACUCGGUCAUCUGAACUGAAGGUACAUCAGCGAGUUCACACGGGGGAGAGGCCAUUCACCUGCUCAGACUGUGGGAAGGGAUUCACACAGUUAGCAGGCUUACUGAGACACCAGUCUGUUCACACUGGGGAGAGGCCGUUCACCUGCUCAGACUGUGGGAAGGGAUUCACUCAAUCAUCUCAUCUGAAGGUACAUGAGCGAGCUCACACUGGGGAGAGGCCAUUCAGCUGCUCAGACUGUGGGAAGGGAUUCACUCAAUCAUCUCAUUUGAAGGUACAUGAGCGUGUUCACACUGGAGAGUGGCCAUUCACCUGCACAGACAGUGGGAAGGGAUUCACUCGGUCAUCUCGCCUACUGACACACCAGUCUGUUCACACUGGGGAGAGGCCGUUCACCUGCUCAGACUGUGGGAAGGGAUUCACUCAAUCAUCUCAUCUGAAGGUACAUGAGCGAGCUCACACUGGGGAGAGGCCAUUCAGCUGCUCAGACUGUGGGAAGGGAUUCACUCAAUCAUCUCAUUUGAAGGUACAUGAGCGUGUUCACACUGGAGAGUGGCCAUUCACCUGCACAGACAGUGGGAAGGGAUUCACUCGGUCAUCUCGCCUACUGACACACCAGUCAGUUCACACUGGGGAGAGGCCGUUAACCUCCUGUUAAUGUUGGAAUGUAUUCACUCAGUCAUCUAACCUUAUGUAACUCUCACUCCGGCUAGCAGCUUAAUAUAGGGGGUGAUAGCCCCCUAGCUCGGCCAAAUUUGGGUGCAUGCUGUGCUGUGUCCCCUGUUACAAAUCAGUACCCCGAAAUAUCAAACAGUACACAAUAUGUGCUUAAUAAUUCUUGCUUUGACUAUAGGUUUGUAAAGUAAAAAAAAACAGG